CCGCGGCGGGGAGCGCGAUGGGCGCUUGGCGCUGCGUGAGGAGGGGCUACGGCCGCUGCGCGGCGGGGCCAGGCCGAUCCCCCAUGCUGCCACGUGUGCAGAGGACUGUGGCCAGAGACUGGCCCGCACCGUGGGAGGACCUGCAGAGACAGUGCUGGCACAGACACAUCUCAAGCUGCAUGAGGUGGCCUGGGCAUUAUUCCCGCUCCCCAUACCCCUACCUGAGCAGCCGCCAUUUCUCUCUGAACCUGGCACGGCCCUGCUGGUUUGAGUCAAGAAGUGAGUUCCAGCCCUGGGGCUGGCGAGCUGACGCCCUGGGCCGCCCCUCCUGGUUCCAGCUCUCUGGUUACAUCAUGAAUCCUGAGGGAGGGGUGCCUUCAUCCAAGCGGAGGAAACACCAAGGCGUGAUAAAACGGCGUUGGGAAUAUAUAUGUAAUCAUAGUAAAGAAAAGACAGCCAUGAGCGUGGAAGAAUGCUGCAAGCCCACUUGUGAAGACAGUGAGGGCACGUUUGACUUCUCGGUGAUGUCCUAUAACAUACUAGCCCAGGACUUACUGGAAGACAAUUCGCACCUCUAUAGACACUGCCAGAGGCCAGUAUUACACUGGAGCUUUCGCUUUCCUAAUAUCCUGAAAGAAAUCAAACAUUUUGAUGCAGAUGUGCUGUGUUUGCAAGAGGUUCAGGAAGAUCAUUAUGGAGCAGAGAUCAGGCCAAGUUUGGAAUCACUGGGGUAUCACUGUGAGUACAAGAUGAGGACAGGACAGAAACCAGACGGCUGUGCCAUCUGCUUCAAGCACUCGAAGUUCUCCCUCUUAUCGGCCAACCCUGUGGAGUUCUAUCGCCCCGACGUCCCCCUGCUGGACCGCGACAAUGUGGGACUGGUGCUGCUCUUGCGACCCAAAGUCCCCCGCACUGCCUGCCCUGUGGUGUGCGUGGCCAAUACACACCUGCUCUACAAUCCCCGGCGAGGAGACAUCAAGCUGACGCAGCUGGCCAUACUCCUGGCCGAGAUGGCCAGUGUGGCGGCGCAGCAGGACGGCAGCUUCUGCCCCAUUGUCAUGUGUGGUGACUUCAACUCUGUUCCCGGCUCUCCACUCUACAGCUUCAUUAAAGAGGGAAAGCUGGAUUACGCAGGACUUGCCAUAGGCAAGGUCUCUGGCCAGGAACAGUCUUCCCGGGGACAAAGAGUCUUAACUAUCCCCAUCUGGCCCCCAAACCUCGGCAUCUCCCAGAACUGUGUGUAUGAGGGCCCCCGGGGUCAGCGCACGGAAAAGGCAGGCGCUGAUCCUACACAGACAGAGCUGGCCAAUUCAGACCUCAUUGGCCCAGCCAAAAAAUCCUCCUCCCGUUUACAGCACCAUUUCAGCUUGUCGUCCGUGUACUCUCAUUACGCUCCUGACACAGGUGUCCCUGAGGUGACCACCUGUCAUUCGCGCAGUGCCAUAACUGUGGAUUACAUCUUCUACUCCACCAGGAAGGAAGACGUCUCCCGGCAGCCAGGAGCGGAGGUGACCUUGGUUGGUGGCUUGAAACUUCUUGCCAGACUGUCCCUUCUCACAGAGCACGACCUGUGGACUGUCAACGGACUCCCCAAUGAGCAUAACUCCUCCGACCAUCUGCCUCUGCUGGCCAAGUUUCGGCUUCAGCUCUGAGUCUCUGUGGCUCUGGGGAGACUUUCCUUUUCAUUCUGGAAUCUUCUCUGUAGAGCGUUGUUUUGUAAGAGUUUGCAUGUUUAUUUUUGUGCUGUGGAGCAUCUGCAGUUGUGUUAAAUUGUUUGAAAACAGACUCAAAAUUGUUUGCAGCAAUUUUCUAAUGAUGAAAAAAAUAUUUUCCUGAAAAGUAGGAUUUAAAUGUUCUUUAUUGUAAAAAAUAAAUAAAACGUAAAUAUUUUUUAUUCCGAAUU